AUGGGCUCAUAAUGCUGUAAUGGAUAAACUAGAUCUCUCAAUAAUGAGAUAGUCAAUGACAGUAUCAAAAAUAGUUCUUUGUUCAAACAAUCGAUUCAUAGUCUCCCAUUCACUAAUCAAAUGCAAUGCAAUAAUGAUGAAAUUUUGGAGUUAAAGAAGGAAGAUUACAUGGGUCUUCCACUCAUAAGUGAAAAUGCAAGCCAAGUCGAAAAGGAGAAACAACAAUUUGGUGUCUCCCAAUUGACUGUGACUCAAGAUCCCAAGUCAAACAAUUAUUUAGGGAAUUCUUCAGAUCAAUAAAUUCAAGAAGGUUGCCAUUCAAAUCCAUCUCAAUCUACUCCGAUUAAGAGAAAGACAGUAACUUCCAUAGGUACUGUCAAAUUGGGAGCUGAUGUUUUUGUCAGUUUAAAAUAGGGUAGUAUUGGUAAAUUUUAUUCAACUGGAUCGACAUUGGGAGCGGGAGCCUAUGGAAAAGUAUGGAAAGUAACACACAAAACCACAGGGUUAAUAAGAGCCAUGAAGUAAAUCAAGAAAUCCUCAUUAAUACAUGAAGAAUAAUAAAGGUUGUUCGCUGAAAUGAAUAUCCUCAAAAAUUUGGAUCAUCCUCAUAUCGUGAAACUGUAUGAAUUGUACCAGGAUGCUUAGAAUUACUACUUAAUAACGGAGUACUUGAGUGGAGGAGAACUUUUUGAGAGAAUCAAGGCUAUGACCAUAUUUAAUGAGAAGAAAGCUGCAGAGUACAUGCGACAGAUCCUCUCUGCUGUGAUGUAUUGUCAUGAACAGAAGAUUGUGCAUAGAGAUUUGAAACCUGAGAACAUUUUAUUCGUUAAUGAUUCCUCAACUUCGCCAUUAAAAAUUAUUGAUUUUGGAACUUCCAGAAAAUACGACCCUUCUAAAAAGAUGACUAAGAAACUUGGGACUCCAUAUUAUAUUGCUCCAGAAGUAUUAAAGUAGGAUUACAAUGAAAAAUGCGAUAUUUGGUCAUGCGGAGUGAUUCUGUACAUUUUGUUGUGUGGAUACCCUCCAUUCACAGGGAAAACCGAGAAGGAAAUUAUGAAGAAGGUUGGGGAAGGGAAAUUUGAAUAUGAUGCUGAUGAUUGGGGUUAAAUAUCGAAGGAAGCCAAAAAUCUCAUUAAUAGAAUGUUGCAUACCAAUCCGAGUUAUAGGAUAUCAGCCAAGUAGGCAUUGAAUGAUCCCUGGAUAUUGAAGCAUUGUUCAUAGAUGAUCAUCAACAACAAUGUCAAUUUGAGGGUUCUUCAAAAUCUCCAAAAAUUUUAAGCUAAAUCAAUCUUCUCUUAAGCUGUGUUAUCGUAUAUAGCUUGUUAAAUGACAAAUCAAUUCGAACAAGAUGAAUUGUUAAAAACAUUCCAAAGUCUCGAUAAAAAUAAUGAUGGAAUAUUGUCAAAGGAGGAGUUGAUCGAAGGAUACAAUAUAAUCUAUUAAGAUAAGGAGAAGGCAGAGUAAGAAGUUAUUAAGAUUCUUCAAUUGAUAGACUUGAAUCAAAGUGGUUAAGUUGAUUUUUCAGAGUUUUUGAUGGCAGCUAUGAAUUAGGAGAAACUAGUUUCCUUGUAGAAGGUCAAGGCUGCAUUUAAAGUGUUCGAUGCGAAUGAUGAUGGCAAGAUCUCUAAAUAGGAAUUAGAAUUAAUGAUAGGGACUCUGGAUCAAGAAUUGUGGGAAUAGAUUCUUGAAGAAUGCAAUGCUCAAGAAUUUAUAACAGAAAAAGAAUUUAUUAAUAUCUUACUUAGUUAAAAAAUUUGA